AUGACGUCUGUAAUUAGUUCUAGAGUACCUUGCACCACACUAGCUCUCCAAUCGGAUCCCAAGGCCAAAUAUGGUGAAACUCGCAGCGUUUCCGUUUCGUACCUUUCGAGCUCUUGCUUCGGCGUGCAAGUCCGUCCUUACAACAUCCGCGGUACAGGUGCAAGCAGCAGAUGCUGGAAGCCGCUGCUUGUCCAGUCAGCGGCAGAGCCAGAGAAAUUCUUCCGAGACCUGUCUGAAGCUGCGCAGAAGAAGGCGAGGGAGGCUAAGUCAAAGGUCGAAAGCUUUGCUCGUGAAAACGAUCUUGAGAAAAAAAUCAAGAAAGCUGCUAAGAGCGCUGCUAGUCGUUUGGAAGAGUUAUCUUUUGAGGCGGAGAGGUAUGCGACGAACAUUGACAGGCGAUAUGGCGUGAAGGAGAAGGCGAAUGAGGUUCUAGGAGGUGCGGCGAAUCAGCUUCGGGAAGUGGACGAGAGGCUUCGUGUACGACAGAGGUUUCGUGCAGCGUCUCAAGAUCUGAAGCAGAAAUGGCCCAAGUAUGAGCGCCAGCUGAAUGAGUUCAGGGAGACGCCUAUUGGGCAGGCUGUCUUCUUUGGUGCCUUCUGCUGGCUGCUUUUAUCUGGAUGGCUCUUUCAACUGUUCUUCUGGUCCCUCUGGCUCAUCCCUUUGCUUCCAUGGAUUGUCCGAAGCAUGGCAGGCAAUACCAUUGUUGAGGCUCUGACAUCGAGAUUCGAGAUCCUUCCUUAUAAGAUCGAUCUCUCUGCGUUGCGCCAACGAGUCGUGCUGGCGUUCGUCAUUACCAAGCUAUCUCGGCGCGUCAUUCGCUCUUCUGCUCCCUCUUGCAGUCGUAUUCCUCGCUCUUCUCUCACGGACUGGGCUCGCAGCGUAGGCGUAGUCGAGCACUUUGCGCCAGUCAUGACUUCCGCUGCUACAGCUUCCGCGCUCAUCCGCGCACCUGCUUGCGCCGCCGCAGUAUCUCCAUUCCCCAUGGCCGCCUCCGCCGCCAGUUCCGCCGCAACUUCCUCGGCUGCCCGUUACUUCUCCCCGUCCUUCGCGCGCCCUUCCAGCCUCUCCUAUCGCUCUUCCGCCCCCCUGUCCGCAAGUCUCUCCGCGUCUUCCGCCAUCGCCAGUACCUCCGCCAUCUCCGCAUCCUUCCGCAGUUCCGCGUAUGCGCCUCUCUCCGCGUCUCAUUCUUCCUUUCGCCAUGUCAGCGCGUCGGCCGCGUCGACCCCUGAAUCGGGUCCUGCGGAGUCGGAGGAAGUUAAAGCCACCGGCACUUCCGGAAGCGUAGACUCCGACACGGACGCGUUUUCGGAAACCGAAACCGUUUCCGCGACUAACGGGGCGGCUAGUAACGGGGUAGCGGCGAGCACCAGCAGCGCGACUAGCAGCGCGAGCAUCGCGAGUGGCGAAGGCGGCGCGAGCAGCGAUGUGGCGGUGCCGAUCGAGCUUGAGUAUGUGCCGCUGGCGGGGUUCCGGAAGCUCGGCGCGCAGCUGAAGAUGCUGGUGGAGUGGCCGUGGCGACGCGUUAAGAAGAACUCGGUUCUGUACAUGCGACUCAAGGGCAAUAUUCCCGAGAUGGUGGGGUCCUCCUUCUCCCCGUCGCUCUCCCUCCCCGCGAUUUGCGACAAUCUACGCAAGGCAGCCGUGGAUCCACGUGUCUCCGCGCUGCUGCUCCACGUGGACCCGCUGCAGUGCGGCUGGGGCAAGCUGCAGGAGAUUGCUCGCCACGUGGCGCACUUUCGCAAGUCAGGCAAGCCUUGUAUCGCGUACAUGACGGUGGGCGGAGAGCAAGAGUACUUUAUUGCGUCCGCGUGCGAGGAGAUCUACGCUCCCCCCGGCGCUUACCUCUCCCUGCGCGGACUGGCCGUGCAGGGGCAGUUCCUUGGGGGCGUGUUGCAGAAGGCGGGAGUGCAGCCACAAAUCGAGCGCAUCGGCAAGUACAAGAGCGCGGGCGACCAGCUGGCACGGUCAGACAUGAGCGAGCCCAACCGCGAGAUGCUCACCGCUAUUCUCGACGACUUCUACUCCACGUGGACCGCUGCCGUGGCUGAGAACAGAGGGGUGGGGCAGGAGGCAGUGCAGCAGCUGCUGCAGGACGGAGUACAGGAGGUGGAGGAGCUCAAGAGCAGGGGAUUCCUCACUGACGUCAUCUACGGCAUCCAGGUGGAGGAGCUGUUGAAGGAGCGGCUGGGGCAGGACAAGGAGAAGCCUCUGCAAUCCGUGGACGCCAAGAAGUACGGAAAAGUAUCGCCCUCGACAGUGGGGCUGGGCGGGAAGGAGCGCAUCGCAGUGCUGCGUGCAGUGGGGGCGAUAUCGCAGGGCAAGGAGCGCGGCGGCGGCAUGGGAGGGGGUGGCGUGAAGAGCGAGAGCAUCAUUGAGAAGCUGCGGAUGGUGAAGGAGAACAAGCAGUUCAAGGCACUCGUGCUGCGGAUUGACAGUCCGGGAGGAGACGCCCUUGCAUCUGACCUCAUGUGGAAUGAGAUCCGAGAGCUGGCCAAGGUGAAGCCAGUGGUGGCGUGCAUGUCGGACGUGGCAGCCAGCGGCGGGUACUACAUGGCCAUGGCUGCUCCUCACAUCGUCGCCGAGCCCCUCACGCUCACCGGAUCCAUUGGUGUCGUCACAGGCAAGUUCAGUCUGGGGGAGCUGUACGGGCGCAUAGGCUUCAACAAGGAGAUCAUCUCACGCGGCCGAUUCGCAGAGCUUAAUGCGGAUCAGCGCCCCUUCACCCCUGACGAGGAGGAGUACUUUGCCAAGGGGGCCAAGAUCGCAUACCAGCGCUUCAGGAACAAGGCAGCCUUGUCUCGCUCCAUGCAGGAGGAGGAUAUGGAGGCAGUGGCACAGGGAAGAGUCUGGACAGGCCAGGCUGCCCACAAGGCCAACCUAGUGGAUUCUCUCGGAGGCUUCUGGUCCGCUGUGCAGGUCGCCAAAUCUAAGGCUGGCAUCGACCCAUCUCAACGCGUGCGCAUUGUCGAGCUCUCGCGAUCUCAGCCGUCCAUCACCGCUCUGCUGUCAGGAGGUGCCCAGUCGGUUCUCUCCCUGUCUGGCUUCUUCGGCCCCAAGGCUCGCGCCGAGGCUCUCUGUUCCCUUGCCGCGGAUAUGUUGCUUUCUCCGAGUCUGGGAGCUAGCUUCGGCGCCAGCCUCGGCAGCAGUGGCACCAGCUUCGCCAACUUGCUUUCUGGGGGAAUGGAUGCAAGCAUGAGUGGCGUCCUCGUUACAGGCAGCUCCGGUGCAGUGAACAGCAGCCCGAACACUGUGGGUGUACAAGCAGUCAUGGAAGGAGAUAUCGCUGUUCGGGGAAGCGGCAGUGAGACAGCAACAGCUAUUUACAGCGGCGCUGAUGGUUCGGCUGGCCUAGCCGAGCUGGCUGUGCUGCUAUCCCCCGCUGCAGCCGCACUAGGGAGUGCACUGGGCCAGGGCACUGGCAAUGUGGAAGAAGGGAGGAGUGUAGCAGUCACUGAAGAUGAUUCUGUAGAUGUGCAGUAA